UUAAGUUUUCUGAGGAGUGUGAGACUUAUCAGAAACAGUGGUGCAGCAGAUGCCUCUUUCGAGAAGGAGGUCUCCAAGAUAUUGACUCGGGAAAAGGCAACCUUUCAGAGCUACAUCCUUCGGUUCCAACGAGAGGAUUUAUGUCCCAACAAAUGUGGUACGAUGUUGCAGCGUCUGAUGUGGUGCAGUAAUUGCGUCCAGGACAAUUACAUUUGUCGAAAGUCCAGGGAUUGCGGGGUUCGCCACAUCAACGUCCAUGAAAAGGAAGACAUGAUCCUGGACUGUGAGCUCAACUGGCAUAAGUUAUCUCAAGGCCUGACCUAUUACAGCUUUUACAGGGUUUGGGGGAGCAAUUCUGAGACCUUGUUGUACAAGGGGAAAUGGCCCACCCUGACCAAGCCCCUCGUGAGGCCAGAGGAUGCAGGUACCUACCGCUGCGAGUUGGGCAUUGAGCGAUCCGGCCCAGCCACGGUCAUCCAUUUUCAAGUCACAGUGUUGCCUCAAAGAAUCUUUGGGGAGAUAACGUCCAAGUCUUCGACCUUUGUAACCCAGCCAUCAAGCACCGAAACCCAGUCACCAACCAUUAGAACACAGUCCCCAGCCAUUGGAACCGAGGCUGAGGAAAUCUGGGGUGACCCGUCCCCAACCCUCCGGCCCUCCGAGUGUUCAAACCCGAAGAACGUGCAGACAGGCCUUCUGAUAGGGCUGCUGCUCUGGUCAUUUUUGUUGCUGAUCCUGGGCUUUGUCACCGGCAUACUCUGCUUUCGGUCUGGGGUGGUGAUCGAUUCCGUAAAGUCCAGAUACCACACCGAAAUGGCAGCGGCUCCGCGGGACCAGGCUCCACAGAGUCAGCUGUCACAGAGCCACGUUCUCAAAGUACCGAAGGACAAGGACACAGGACCAAGUCACAAAUAAAGAUUUAUCCGGUUGCUGAAAUGUCA